CUACUGCGUGACACAGUACAUACUACGCAUGCGCAUCUCUACUGCUUGACACUUCGGAAGCAAAGCGAGGGAAUUACAAACUAAAAGUUUGCCUCCACCACCAUGCCUGUCAUUGUGUUGGUGGAGGGGGAGGGGCCAGGCGGCCACCUGACCAUCGUUCCAAUCUCCCACAUCAGCACCGACGGUAACCACGGCCACCACUCGGUCAAGGGCAGAGUCGUCCACAAAGGUCCCCUGGUUUCGUCGCCAAGUCACGACUUCAUCCUGAAGGCCGCCAUCGAAGAAGAGAACUCCGGGCCUCAGGAGACAUCGUCCAUCAACAUCGUCCUGCUGGGGACGCUGGCCAAUGAAUUCUCUCAGGCUGUCAAUCAAGGGGACAUGGUGACGGCCUCCGGCUUCUUGGUGCGCAAAUCUCCCACGGCGCAAAAGGACAAACGUCACGUGUGCAACCUGCUGCUGUUGGGAGACCAAGCCUUCAUCCGUGUGUCGCGGCCUCCUCCCAUUGACCUCACAUCUCCAGCCCAAGCCAAGAUGAACAAACCUUUGCUCCCUGCUGCGGUUGUCUGUAGUCCAAAGUACACAUACGUCAGGAUCGGGGACCUGAAACCUGGAGCCGUGGUCAACGUGUACGGUGUGGUGGUCUUCUUCAAACAGCCCUUCAAGAGCCGUGGCUCAGACUUCUGCUCCAGCCUGAAGAUCACUGAUCAAUCCCAGCAAAAUAUCGUCUGCACCGUUUUCUGCCCCAAACUGGAGUUGCACCCCCAAAUCUUCCAGAUCGGUGACAUCGUGCGCUUACACCGAGUCAAGGUUCUGUAUCGUUUGUUCAAAGCCAUAAUCGGUCAAUUUACACUUACUCUAACCUCCUUCCCACAGACACAGAUUUACAAAAAUUCCCUAAAUCUGGUCAACACAUUUGGCUUUUCCGCACUAACCUUUAACGGGAUGGUGGGUGCUGACACGGAGCCGCGGACCUCCAGCAAUACCUUCCACUUCACGGAGGAGGACCGUCGCGUCGUGACGGAACUGCGGUCCUGGGUGGCCGGCCAGGAUCUGCUGCCCCCGGACCCCGCUAUCCCACUGUCUGCCGUCCAGCCCAGAAUGUACUUCAACCUCACCUGCCAGCUGCUCGCCAAAGCACCCGUCGACACCACCUGCACCCUGCUUAGGGUGUGGGACGGCACCCGCUGUCCUCACACUCUGCUGAAAGUGACGGUGGACGCAGACAUCGUGGAGGGUCCGCGCUCCUUCUCCGAGGAGCGCGAGAAACUCAUCGCUAACGUGCUCGUGUACGACAACCACGUACAGUCCGCCCAGCAGCUUAAGCCCGGAGACUUCUUGAGAAUCUUCAACCUGCGGGCCAUCCCGGGUUCCGUCAAGGUUCCCGGGCUAAGCAGCAGCCAGGUGGAGGAGAUCAACCAUCUUUCCUUCCACCUGCACGGCGGCACGGCGUACGGCAGGGGCGUACGCCUUCUGCCCGACAACAGUCCCGAGCUUCAGGAGCUCAAGAGGCUGCUGGAGGUGCCCCAGGAGGACACCAAGGUCAACCAUCCCGAAGUCAACGACUCGGCGCUGUGGGACAUAUGGGACACGCCUCCAAAGACUCCCGAGAGCGGGGCUUCAGCGGAAUUCAGAACAGAGAGAAGGUGCGAUCACGACGUUGAGCCCGUGACCCUCGGCCAGCUGCGGCGUUGCCCGCCGGGCGGCUUUCAUCACGUCAGAGCCCAGCUGCGAUCCUACCAACCUCGUCGACUCCACCAGGCGCUCAAACUCUACUGUAGCAAGUGCACUUCCAUGCAGGACGUCCCCGACGACGAGCACGUGGCGAACGUGUUCGCCGAGGCUUCCGCCGACCCGAGCGGCCCCCCCGGCCCGGCGUCCUGGUCCCUCUCCGGGCAGGUCCGUUUGCCCGGCGACCUCACGGCGGGACCGCCCAGUCGCACGCUCGACGUUCACCUAUCGGCGCAGCUCACGUCCGAGGGGAAGACCAAGGAGCUCAUCUUCCUUGGGGGCUCCACACUACAGGAAGCGGGUCGCCUCGCGGCCACGUACCACAACGUGGUCCCCGUGAGGUCGUCGCCAGGAGGUCAUCUGGCGCUGCUGGACCUGAGCGCGCCGUUCCUCUUCCGGGGCAGAAAGAGGUUCUACGGGUGUAAGAAGUGUUCCGAGGGAGCUGCCAUUACAGAACCGACAGCAGAUGGAGACAAGGUCAUUGAUGAGAAAAUCAUCGCUGAAGCGUUCGGCGUUCACCUUCUGAAGUUCGUCCUGCUGCUGAAGUUCCGUCUGGAGGACGCCGGCGACGCGCUGGACGCGUACCUGUGGAGAGACGCGGAGUCUUUGUUCAACGUGUCGGCGGAGGACGCCGCAGCCAACCAGGAGGCUCAGGACAGAAUCGGACGAACGCUGGACUCGCUUUGUCCACCGGAGGGCAGUGCGGGCGAACGACCGUGGCUGGACUUGUGUUUGGCGGCGUACGGAGCGAACGACGAGGAAAACGAAAACGCGCGAACCUCCUACCAGAUCUGUCACACGAGCACGCGCUCGCACGAACGCCCUCGACUAUGACCGCUUUUAUUAUUUUCAAAAUGACAAUUAUGAGGAGCCUUUCAAACGUUUGCUUUUCAUCAUGUAGCGUCCUUUCAAAAUAAGAGUCGGGUGCAACCGCCAUAGGAGAAACAAGUGUUAUUGGCUUUUUCGUUUUGAGUGAUAAGCAAAGAAAAUGUGACAUUUGGACAAAAGUAAUGGGACAGCUCUGAGAAGCUGUACAAAAUGAUGAGGGCACAUACAGGAAAUGAAAAUAUGGUUUGGACAAAGGUAUUGGGACACAUCCAGGAAGGGUUUUUUUGUAAGAAAAAUGAGCAGAAAUAUAAUUUUACAGUAGAACAGGAAAUUUGGUUCAUUGAUGCUAGUGUGGGAAACUCUUCCCUCUAUAGUUGGUCUUCAUUUUAAUUUGAUCAAACAUUUCUUAACAUUUGUUUACACGUGUGCGACAGCUGACAACGUUAAAAUAUUAAGAAGUCGUGUGUGUACACUCAAUAAAGUUAUGAUGGUCACAGUUUAA